UGCGCGGGCUCUGAGCAUCCUGUCCCGCCAUGUGCAAAGGACUGCCUUGGUUCCAGUACAGGAGGGUACAACUUAUGAAGGUGGUCUGGACAGUAGGGCAGGAUUUGACCUUAUCAUUGUUUGUUUGUGCUAAAAAUAUACUGUCAUUUAAUUACAAUUAGACUGUGUUACUUUUGCUUUAAAAUAAAUGGUUUUCUUUCCUGUUUCUCUGUGUUGAUGCCAGUGUAAGGCAAAGCUUUUAGACUAGUGCAUCUACAUAUGUAAUGAAGGAGAAUUUACAAUAGGAUCUUACUGUAUGUGACACGGAUAUAUCAUUCCCCCACCCCUUGGUAAAUUGUUUUGCUGGAGGCUACAUCAUUCUAUCAAGGUAGUAUGUUGGGAGUUGAUGGAAGCAUGAAUGAUUCACCAUGUACAAAGCCUAGCUGAACUGAGUUGAGCUGCAGCAUGUUGGGCUGGCCUUUGAUGCAGACUGGUUGGACAGGUUCCUGGUCUGCUGAGGAACCGGUUUGACAGGCCUGUUAUGCCAACAAAUUCUGGUAUGAUUCCAUGUUCUACAGAAUGUAGAAACCUGCCCAGCCAGUUAAAUGAAAGGCAUAUUAGGUUAUCCAUUGCACAUUGUAUGUAUCUUAGGUGCAGCAGAUCUCUUCUCAGCAUUCUCUAGUGUGGUCCACAGCAGCUUCCUCAUUUCAUUUAUGCCUGCGGUUUAUAGCUUAAGGGAAAAUCAGCAGGAAAUAUUCAUCAUCCCUGAUCGAGAACAGAACUUUUCACACUUAAAACAAAAGGGCAAUGGGUUCUACAAAGAAGCAUUGUAUGAUGGCUCAAGGUGAAGCAUUUCAGCUGUGAAGAUGUAUGGAGACCUCUAUCACGACUUCAGUUGGUGACCAGUAGUUAUCCGUAAUUCCAAAAGAUUACCUGGGGAGAUCCUCUUCAUUGUGGAACCCCUCAUAAGGCAGCAGGAGCAGCAGUAGGCAUGCAGCUGUCUUCAGAAAUAAACUUCAUAGCUAUGUAAUUUAAAACUAAAAAGGAUAGAGUGAACAAGUACCAUAGAUAAGAUAAGUGAAAACAGUUACAUUGGAAAAGACAAGAUGAAUGUUUCUGGAGGAAGUUGUGGGAGCCCUAGCUCUGCUGAAUCUACUGGUGACAUCUUCAAGGAUCUGUGGUCCAAACUAAAAGAAUGUCAUGAUAAAGAAGUACAAGGAUUACAGUUGAAAAUAUCCAAACUGAAAAAGGAAAGGUGUUUGGAUGCAGAGAGGCUUGAAGAGUUUUAUACCAAAAAUCAACAGCUGAGAGAGUAUCAGAAAGGACUUCAUGACACUAUCAAAGUUUUAGAAGACAGAUUAAGAGCAGGAUUAUGUGAUCGCUGUGCAGUAACUGAGGAGCAUAUGAGAAAGAAACAGCAGGAGUUUGAAAAUAUCCGGCAACAGAACCUUAAACUUAUUACGGAACUUAUGAAUGAAAAAAACAACUUACAGGAUGAAAAUAAAAAGAUAUCUGAACAGCUUCAGCACUUGCAGAAGCAGAUGAAGGGGAGAGAUCAACAAGCAGUGGAAUUGGAGGAAGGGGUCAUUCCAGAUUCACCAGUUCAGUCUUUUUCAUUAUCCAUGGUUAAUCGUAUCCGAAGAAAGAAAGAGAACAGGCAUGUCCGAUACACAGAACAAACACAUACGGAUCUGAAGCAUUCUGAAAGCACUAAUGAGUUUGGAAAAGUUUCAUUGUCGUCAUCCACUCAAAUUCCUAACCAUGGUGGAAAGGAAAUACUAGUGGCAGACACCUGUGACCAAGAACUGUCCCCUAGAGCAAAUAAACAAGGGAUGGGAAGCUAUCCUGUUGCACAGCCAUCUUUUAACUUGGCUGCAGUUGUUGCAGAAACAAUUGGACUUAUUCAAGAAGAAUCUGAGUCCCAGAGCGUACUGAAUGCUCUUAAAAGUAACAUUCCAAUGACCCAGGUGCCUCAGAGCCCACAGUGGGAAGAUUCCAGAAAACAGCUAGCUCAGGAAUCAUCAAGAAAUAAUGACAAUUUGGGACUUUCAGAUCCAUCUCAGAACACUCCACCAGAUGUAGAGUGGGAUUCUCAGGUAGCUUCUCCUGUUUUCGGAGCAUCUAACAACAUGAAGAACUGCCUGACUUCAAGUCUUUCACCUUCUGUUUUAGAAACAGGACUGAAGUCCGAUGCCAAAAAAAACCCUUUCAACAGUACUUUCAAUUCUAGAUCUCAUAAAGUUAGAUCAAAAUCUGAAGAUGUUGCUCUUGUUGCACCACUUAAUCUUGGGGCUGAAGUAAACUCUGUUAUCAGCCAGAUCUCAGCCAGUAGGCAGAUGGUUGUGAAAAGCGAUGUUAAUGAAUCCAUAACUUGUGUGGUCAACACUUGCUCAGGUAAAGAUGAGAUGAUCAAGAAUGACUUCCUCCUUGCACCCCACAAACAAGUGGCAGAUAGAUAUGCUAAAAGAAAGAAAACAGAAGAUGAGCGUGUGACUAGCUGUGAAAAAACAUCUUUCAACAAAGAAAACUCUUCCCCUUUUCAAGCGGACUUUCAACCUGUUAAUGGAGAUCAUAUAAUUGAUAAGCCACUGGACCUGUCUGAUCGUUUUUCUGCUAUUCACUGUCAAGAAAAAAGCUCAAGAAGUGAUGAGGUCUGUAAAAAUAAACUAAGACAGGUCAUGCUGCAUGAUGUUUUUUCACAGCUGGUGAAGCCCAUUCCAAAGGGUUCUUCAUCCAUCCAAAAUAGCAACAAUGGAAGCUAUUUGUCAGGAAAAGAGUCACAAGAAGAUCCCUAUGUACAGGAGAUGAUUCUCCAGUCACAUGGCAAAACAUGCCCAGAUAAAAAACCUUUGAUGCAAAUAAAAGAAGAAAUCUCUGCUUUCAAAAUUCCAUCAUUGCCAAACACAGUGGAGACAGAACUACUUUUUGAUGACAUGAAGGUUGCCAGUGGCCAUGAACCAUUUAGAAAGAAAACCAGGACAGAACAUGGAGAAUGUGAGCUGGCAUCUGUGCUUCAACCAAACCCUUGUAGAAUAACAAAAACUAAACCACUGCAAAAUGAACAAGAUAAACCAUCCUUAGAAAAUAUGCAGUGGAGUAUAGAUCCAGGAGCAGACAUUUCCCAAUACAAAAUGGAUAUUACGGUUAUUGGCACUAAGGAAGGCUCUCAAUCAAGAGUAGGAGGAGAGACUGACAUGGAUUACACAUAUGUUAGUGAAAGCAUGCUAUUAAAAAUGAAAACCCAAGAGCAGAAAGGAGAAAGCAGUCCAAAGGGAGAAAGAAAAAUGAAUGACAGCUUAGCAGAAAUGUUUGAUCAGACGUCAUAUGAAGAAUAUAAAUCUUGUCUAGAAGAGGAUAGUUCUUCAGCAUGUGAUGAAAAAGAAAAUCCUCUUGAGGAAGAGGAGGAAAAUGUGGAAGUGUCAUCAGCAAGCAAACUAAUGAAGCAUGAGAAUAAACAAGAUAAAACCAAGCAGAAAGCUUUUGUGGAGCCAUAUUUUAAAAGUGAUGAAAGAAAAAAUACUGUGUUAGGUUUUCCUCAUAUUGAGGUUGUUCGGAAGAGAGAAGAGAGAAGAAAAUUGCUGGGCCAUACCUGUAAGGAAUGUGAAAUAUAUUAUGCAGAUAUUCCAGAAGGGGAGAGAGAAAAGAAGUUAGCUGCUUGUUCAAGACAUCGCUUCCGCUACAUUCCUCCUAGUACACCAGAAAACUUCUGGGAGGUUGGAUUUCCUUCUACUCAGACUUGUGUGGAAAGAGGCUAUAUUAAAGAGGAUCUUGCGCCCUGUCACCGUCCAAAAAGAAGGCAGCCUUACAAUGUGAUGUUUUCUCCAAAAGGCAAAGAACAGAAGACAUAAAUGAUGGGGAAACAAAGCACAUAAAUGUGGGGAAAGUCUUUCUUUCCUGUCAUUAGAUAUUUAUAGUUAAUAUAAACUUGAAAUAAAAAUACUGUGGAUUUUUCCAAAACGAUAAAUCAUUUCAUUAGAUAUGUAAAUCAUUUCCCUCUUAGAAAGUUCAUUUGAAAAUCUGAAGUAUGUAUCAGGAAACACUACUAUUUAAUGUAUGUUUGUUUAAUUUUGUGUUAAUAUGUUUUGUCUUAAUUUUGCACCUUUAAGACAGUAGGUCUGCUCCCGUUUCCUCCCAUUGAAGUCAAUGGCUAAAUGCCCAUUGGACCAUAUCCAAACUUGAAGUAAAGUGGGUGUGACUUCUUUGAACUCAGUGGAGUUCUAUAUGCUCAUUCUAAGUCUAAAUGUUGCUUAUAAAUUUCAGUGGGAGCAGGACUGGACCUGGUGGGGUGCUUCCAUUUUGCACUGGAUAACUUAAAGGAUUCCCUUUUUUGUAAUAAUUGUGAUAUAUCUAAUUGCAAUAAACAAAGUAGUAUUUAUUAAUGA